GACCUGUGAGCCGACAAAUGCUCUUGGCCGCGGUGGUGACAGGUUGCCCGGCUUCCAACAGCCAUCUUCACCGAAACUAAGGUUAACUCGGCGUUCUCUAUGGACGGCUACUCUCUCCUUCCAAGGGCGUGAAGAAUUUCCCCUUCCUCCCAUGUUUUCGUCGAAAACUUCUCCUUGGAUAAUUGACAUCUCAGAAGAAGCCUGCGUGGGUCGGACAUCCUCAUCUGGGUCACCUAAAAAAAGAAAGCAUGCAAGACGACAGCAUAGAAGCAUCCACUUCCAUCUCUCAGCUUCUGAGAGAAAGCUAUCUGGCUGAAACUAGACAUCGUGGGGACAACGAGCGAAGUCGAGCGGAGCCUUCCUCCUCCAACCCUUUCCACUUUGGCAGUCCUUCUGGGGCUGCAGAAGGUGGGGGCCCAGAGGACCUUCCGGAUCUUUCCGCCUUCCUGAGCCAAGAAGAGUUAGAUGAGAGUGUCAACCUGGCGAGGCUGGCCAUCAACCACGACCCUCUGGAGAGAGUGGAUGAAGCGCAAGCUCGGAAACGUCUGUCUUCCGACCAGACGAAGAAGCUUUCGCCCAAACCAAGCUUCGAGCCUGCCUUCUGCCAGGACAGCCCUCGAGGUCCUGCCCGCUCUACGGACAGUCCCCCGGAGACAAAGAAGCCACAGUACAGUUCUGAAACCCAGUCCAAGAAAGUCUUCCUGAACAAGGCCGCCGAUUUCAUCGAAGAGCUGUCCUCCCUCUUCAAGGCUCACAGCUCCAAGAGGAUCAGACCUCGGGCCUGCAAAAACCACAAGAGCAAAACGGAAUCCCAAAACAAAGUCCUGCAGGAAAACAGCCCCGCCUUCUCAGAUCUGACAGAGAGGCGAGAAAGAGCCUCGGUACCCAUCCCCAUCCCCGCAGACAGCAGGGACAACGAGCUGAACCACGCGAUCGAACAGCGGGAAGCCAAGAGGCGGGAAGCCGAGCUGGCUGCGGGCGAGGCUGCUGCUGGCGACAGCACCCCAGGGUCUUCGCCUUCGUCCCUGUACUACGAAGAACCUCUGGGGCAGCCUCCCCGCUUCACACAGAAGCUGCGGAGCCGAGAAGUCCCGGAAGGAAGCCGAGUCCAGUUGGAUUGCAUAGUGGUAGGAAUUCCACCGCCCCAAGUAAGGUGGUACUGUGAAGGCAAGGAGCUUGAAAAUUCUCCAGAUAUCCACAUCGUGCAGACGGGCAACCUGCACUCCCUGACCAUCGCCGAGGCCUUUGAAGAGGACACAGGGCGAUACUCGUGCUUUGCUUCCAACAUCUAUGGGACGGACUCGACUUCUGCUGAGAUUUACAUAGAAGGAGCUUCUUCCUCUGACUCAGAAGGGGACCCUAACAGAGAAGAGAUGAACCGCAUCCAGAAGCCCAAGGAGUCGUCAUCUCCUCCUGCUACCUCUGCAGCCAUUCCUCCAGUGGCCCAAGGCCAGCCCAGAGUGUCCACCGUCCAGCAGUGUCAGAGUCCCACCAGCUAUUUGCAAGGCCUGGAUGGCAAGCCAAUCAUCGCAGCUCCCGUGUUUACCAAGAUGCUACAGAACCUGUCAGCCUCUGAGGGGCAGCUGGUUGUCUUCGAGUGCAGAGUAAAAGGAGCCCCGUCCCCGAAAGUCGAGUGGUACCGAGAAGGGACCUUAAUAGAGGAUUCUCCGGACUUCAGGAUCUUACAGAAGAAACCUCGAUCCAUGGCAGAGCCAGAGGAGAUCUGCACUUUAGUCAUUGCUGAGGUGUUUUCGGAAGAUUCCGGAUGCUUCACCUGCACCGCCAGCAACAAAUACGGCACAGUGUCCAGCAUCGCCCAGCUGGACGUGAGAGGAAACGAAGACAUCAGCGAUAAUGGGGCUCUUCUCCCAGCCAACUCAACCACUAGCCUGGCUGUGACUGAGCAACAGCCCUCCCCACCCAACCCAGAGCCUCGUUCUGAGGAACCACCCCCUAAACCCAAACUGGAAGGGGUCCUGGUGAACCAUAAUGAGCCCCGUUCCAGCUCCAGGAUUGGGCUGCGGGUGCACUUCAACCUGCCUGAAGAUGACGUGGAAAAUGAGGCUUCCUCCGGGAGUGGAGUAGCCAACACCAGCCCGGCCAGACCUGAUUCCUUCCCUGAGAGGUUCAACGGGCAGGAAGCCAGAAUCCCAGAGCCGUCCUCGCCUGUCAAAGAACCCCCUCCUGUCCUGGCCAAACCCAAACUCGACUCCUCUCAGUUACAGCAGCUUCACAACCAAGUGUUGCUGGAACAGCAGCAGCUGCAAACUGCAUCUCCUUCAUCACCCAAGGAGUCUCCUCUCAACUUCAGUGUCUUGAACUCGGCUCCCCCGGCAGUGACCAUUUCCAGCAAGCAGGUCAAGGGUCCUGCACCACAGACGUUCAACUUGGCCCGGCCGAAGCAUUUCCUCCCCACUUCAAGCACUCCCACGGCCUCUGCGUCCCCAUCCAGCUCCCCAGUGUUCACCUUGAGUAACACUCCUCAAACAAUUCAGAGGACAGUCAGCAAAGAAAGCCUGUUACUGUCUCACCCCUCCACGCCAGGCAGAUCUCCAGGAGGGCUCUCCAUCCAAAACGAGCCAGCUCCUCCAGGGCCAACAGAGCCAGCAGCGCCACCGCCGCCGCUCCCAUAUCCCAUCCCCAGUGGACACCAGUUUCAGCCUCACUGUGUGUCCCCAACUCCUGUCUCUCCUACCGGCCGGAUUCAGAACCCAGUGGCUUUCCUCAGCUCGGUUCUGCCUUCUCUCCCAUCCAUUCCACCCACCAAUGCCAUGGGGCUGCCUAAAAGUGCACCGUCCGGACCACCCCAGGGUCUGAUGAAGAAAACCACAAAGGCUCCUCAAGCAGUGAGUGACGAUUACAUCCGAGAGACUAAGAACUCGGUGAUUCUAGACUUGGGGAAGAAAGUGAAUUUCGGUGAUGUCAGAUCACACCAACAGGAAUAUAAAAUUUCAAGCUUUGAGCAGAGGCUGAUGAAUGAGAUAGAGUUCCGCCUGGAGCGUACCCCGGUGGACGAAUCAGAUGACGAGAUCCAGCACGAUGAAAUCCCCACGGGCAAGUGCAUCGCACCCAUCUUUGACAAAAGACUCAAGCACUUCCGGGUGACGGAAGGCUCUCCAGUCACCUUCACCUGCAAAAUUGUCGGGAUACCUGUUCCAAAGGUUUAUUGGUUCAAAGACGGGAAGCAGAUUUCUAAGAGAGAUGAGCACUGUAAAAUGAGGCGGGAAGGGGACGGGACCUGCUCUCUGCACAUUGAAUCCACCAACGGCGAUGACGACGGCAACUACACCAUCAUGGCGGCCAACCCCCAGGGGAGAAUCAGCUGUUCUGGCCACUUGAUGGUACAGAGUUUGCCCAUUCGAAAUAGACUCAGCCCUGCGGGUCAGUCUCACAGGGGAAGGUCCAGAAUGCAGGAAAGAGACAAAGAACCUCUACAGGAACGCUUUUUCCGACCACAUUUCCUGCAGGCCCCAGGGGACAUGGUGGCUCACGAGGGCCGCCUCUGUCGGCUGGACUGUAAGGUGAGUGGCUUGCCGCCCCCGGAGCUGACGUGGCUGCUCAAUGGGCAACCUGUGCUACCAGACGCCUCCCACAAGAUGCUGGUCCGAGAGACAGGAGUCCACUCUCUGCUCAUCGACCCGCUCACCCAACGAGACGCAGGGACCUAUACAUGCGUGGCAACCAACAAAACCGGGCAGAAUUCCUUUAGUUUGGAGCUCACUGUAGUAGCCAAAGAGGUGAAGAAAGCCCCCAUGAUCCUGGAGAAACUCCAAAACAGUGGCGUUCCCGAGGGUCACCCGGUGAGACUGGAGUGCCGCGUCAUAGGCAUGCCCCCGCCCGUGUUCUACUGGAAGAAGGACAAUGAGACCAUCCCUUUCACUAGAGAGAGGAUCAGCAUGCACCAGGACACCACAGGUUACGUCUGCCUCCUCAUUCAGCCAGCCAAGAAAUCUGACGCCGGGUGGUAUACCCUGUCAGCCAAGAACGAAGCUGGCAUUGUGUCCUGCACAGCUAGGUUGGAUAUAUACGCUCAGUGGCACCAGCAGAUCCCACCACCCAUGUCCAUCCGGCCCAGUGGCAACCGCUACGGAUCCCUCACCAGCAAAGGACUUGACAUCUUCUCUGCCUUCUCCUCCGUGGAAAGCACGAUGGUGUAUUCCUGCACUUCUCGGAGUGUAGUGGAGAGCGAUGAACUUUAAGGGUGUCUCCGGGCCUGCCAUGUGAGAGGGUGGACUGUGGAGGGGAAGGAAGACUGGUCAGAUGCGGUGGUUUCCAAACAACUGGGUUUGAGUGAGUUCCCAUCCUGCUGGACCCGGGGCAAGAAGUGCUUUAAAUAAGUUGGCUGGGGCUUUUUGAGCCUUGGCUGAGGAAGAGUUCUAGGGCUGUGCGUCUUAAAGAUGCAAGUAGGAAAUACACACGAACCAAAGAUAUCAUGCCACUGCCACCACGGCUUGAGGUGGGGAGCUAGUGUGCUCCCCCACCCCGUGUGUUAGGGGUGUUAGGCCCAACUAGGAGCAAUUAGGAGCCAUAGCCAGGGCUGAGAGAAGUUAGCAACUUUAGAAUAGAUACGGAGCAGAAAGAUGGGGAGCCCAUCAUCACCUUUCAUGGGUUACAUCCAUAACAGUCAUCUUGGUGAAUUCAUUAAGUGAGCUCCCAUUUAACAUUAGAGGAUCUUGCCAUACACCCUUCCUCCAAAGUGGUGAAACACUUGGUUUGCAUAUCCUGCCUGUGGGAUCACGUAUGAAGCCAAAAUGUGCCUGAGAUUUAAAAACCAAACAACCAAACAACAAAACCAACCAGGACACUCAAGAUUUCCCAGUGCACUUGUUAUGUGGUCAAAACAAGGCUCCCACCAGCCUAUCAUCACCAUUUUAGGCAGAGAGUCACACCCACAUCCACAUCCACCCCUAGUGCCUAGAUGGGUGCCGAGCACAAUGGAGGCCUGGAAUAUACAUCUGCUGGGGAAUGACUCUUACUCAGGUGUCUACCAUCCUUAGGCCAGUCCAAACAGGGCCCUGGAGAUGUUUGUCACAGCAGCUUGCUUCAGGCAAGCCAGGGGUAUGAACUGGAAGAGUCUGUUAUCAAUUCCCUUUGCUUGAAUCUCUGGGUUCUCUGUGCCCGGUCCCCUCAGCUGGUGAUUUUUAGCUGGAGAUAGUAAUGGCUUAGAGAGGCUUGAAACUUGCUUUGCUCCAAGGCAAGGAUUUCCAGUAUAAAAAAUAAAUUCAUUUACUCAAAAAAACCAGCUGUGUGUCUACUCUGUGUAAGAUGCUGUGCUAGGUGCCGUGGAAGACAGAAAAAUAUGAAUGGGCGGCUGGAGCGUCGGUUCAGCAAAUAGAGGUGCUUGCUGCCUGCCAAGCUUGAGAGCCUAAGUUCAGUUCCUGGAACCCACA